AUGGCUUCGUACGGGCUGCUAGGCCAGCCAGAAGAAGUCGCGUCUCCUCAACGUCGAAGAAAAACCAUUCAAGCGAAUUUCAAAACGACUAUUGAACCCCGAAUCUCUCAUUGUCUCACCAUCAUCGCUCCCUCUCACCCCCCCCCCGAAGAGACCGACGCCGAUUCCGAUGCGACCGCAACAGAAGCUGAGAAACAGAAAAGGCUCGAAGAAUGGCGCCACUUCCGCGAGGAUGUCUCACUCGACUUUGCCGCCUUCGAGGCCAGCAUUGCGCGCGUGCAGUUUCUUCUUACCAGCAACGAGCAAGAACGCCAGCGAUAUGCCACCGAGCGAGUUCAGAUUCUAUCGACCAUGCAGUCAGUACGAGAAAGCACGGCCGAUCUACGCAGUCAACUUGAAGAGGCACAACGACUUCUCUCCUUGCGAAAGACCUACGAUGAAUUGACGGACAAAAUCACGAGCAACCGCCUACUCAAGCCGCGCGAAGACCAGUCCGCGAACCUUCAGAAAUUGCGACUAGAGAUCGCAGAUCUCGAGAAGGAAAGUAAGGAUUAUGCCAUGACCUGGGCUGAGCGGCGCGAGCAGUUCGGUCGUAUUGUGGACGAGGGCAUGCAGCUUCGUCGCCUGAUCCGUGAUGAGAAAGAGGAAGUCGAGCGCCGGGAAGGCAUGCAGGAGGGCGAAGACGGCGACGAGGGAGAUGUCGCAUCCAAGGGUAAGGCUAGCAGUGGGAAUACUCCUCCUGGUCACGAAAGCGAUGCCGUGACCCCCUCCCAGCACGGCCAAGAUGAGGCCGGUCGGCCAUCUGCUCUCCAUGUUGAGAAGCCCGGGGCCGCCGGUGCUGCGUCACCUUUGCGACAAGUCACAACUGCCCAGAGCGAUGGGGCACAUGAAGACACCAAUAUGCUGGAUGAGGGUGAAAUCUCUACUGUUAGUGAUGGCGAAUUAUCUGAGCUCGAGGAAGGGGAGGAACUCCCUGAUGACUUCGGCGGAAAGAUGGAUACUACCUGA